GGCGCCCGCGCCGGGCUGGGGCUGCUGCUGGGCACCGCCGCCGGCCUCGGCUUCCUGUGCCUCUUCUACGGCCAGCGGUGGCGACGGACCCAGCGCCAUGGCCGGAACCAGAGCCUGCCCAACUCCCUGGACCACGCGCCAACGCCGGAGUCCGGCCGCCCAGUGAUGCGGUCACGAGCCAUCCCAGGGGAGGCUGGAGAUGCUGCGGUGCUGCCCAGCCUUCCACAGGAAGGGCAGGAGAAGGUGCUGGACCGCCUGGACUUCGUGCUGACUAGUCUUGUGGCACUGCGGCGGGAGGUGGAGGAGUUGAGAAGCAGCCUGCAAGGGCUUGCUGGGGAGAUUGUUGGGGAGGUCCGAUCGCACAUGGAAGAGCACCAGAGAGUGGCUCGGCGGCGCAGGUUCCCAUGUGCGCGGGAGAGGAGUGACUCCACGGGCUCCAGCUCCAUCUACUUCACAGCCUCCUCGGGAGCCGCGUUCACGGACGCUGAGAGCGAAGGGGGUUACACCACUGCCAAUGCCGAGUCCGACUACGAGCACGACUCUGACAAGGAGAGUGAGGAUGAGGAAGAUGAAGCGAGCUGUGAGACCGUGAAAAUGGGAAGAAAAGAUUCUUUGGACUUGGAGACAGAGGCAGCUUCAAAACCAGUGUCUGGCUCCCUGGAGGCCGAAGCCUCCGCCUCCGGCCUUGAGGAGGUGCGGCUGCUCCUGCAGCAGGCAGACGAGCUGCACCAGGGUGGCACGCAGAGCAAGCGCGACGGCUUCCAGCUGCUGCUCAACAACAAGCUGGCGUAUGGAAGCCAUCAGGACUUUCUCUGGCGCCUGGCCCGGGCCUACAGUGACAUGUGUGAGCUCACUGAUGAAGUGAGUGAGAAGAAGUCGUAUGCCCUUGGUGGGAAAGAAGAAGCAGAGGCUGCUCUGGAGAAGGGGGACGAGAGUGCUGAAAGUCACCAGUGGUUUGCAGUGCUUUGUGGUCAGCUGGCUGAGCAUGAGGGCAUCCAGAGGCGCAUCCAGAGUGGCUUUAGCUUCAAGGAACACGUUGACAAAGCCAUUGCUCUGCAGCCAGAGAACCCCAGGGCUCACUUCCUUCUUGGCAGGUGGUGCUAUCAGGUCUCUCAUUUAAGCUGGCUAGAAAAAAAAACUGCAACAGCCUUGUUUGAAAGUCCUCUUAGUGCCAGUGUGCAGGACGCCCUGCAGAGCUUCCUGAAGGCUGAAGAACUACGGCCAGGAUUUUCCAAAGCAGGAAGAGUGUAUAUUUCUAAGUGCUAUAGGGAGUUAGGAAAAAACUCCGAAGCUAGAAGGUGGAUGAAGCUGGCCUUGGAGUUGCCUGACGUCACUAAAGAGGUAAGAAUUCCUUGAAGGAAGAAAGGCCUUAAAUGUACAACUUAGA